AUGAGGACUAGCGCCUCGCCGGAGCUGGAUAUCCUAUCAAGUCCGUCGCAGAAGCCCCCUCCUCCUCCUCCACCUCCUCCUCCUCCUCCUCCUCCGUCAUCCAACGGGGAAUGUUGCGUGUUGCGUCCUUCUUUGGCUACGAGAACCACGAUAUUUUUGGAAGGGGAUUCCUGGCUGAUUGAUAACUGCACCCCCCAAGAGAAGCUGCAUUUCGGCUUCGGAUUCCUCCAUCAAACAGGAUACAGCUUCUUUACAGCGUCUUUGCCAGAGAGGCCACAGCAUCGCAUAUCUUCUCCCCGUGCCAUUAUCCAUUGUAGUGAAGCUCCGAGUCUUCUUCCGUUUCCUCCGUUUCGAGCUCCCGAAAACCAGACGGAAAGGGCGAGCGGCUGCGUUGGAACAAAAAAAGAAAAGAAGAUGGUUUCAGCGCCAAUAGUGUCUCAUGGUCGAGGAGGUCAAGGAAAUAUCGGCGCAGAUUCUACAGAAUACGUAGACGCUGAGAUCACACGCCAGGGUCCAGAAGGUGAUCAGGGCGAUGGAGCUUAUUCUGCUGGUCGCGGCGGAGCAGGCAACAUUGCCUCUACGGACCUCCCUCCAACCACGAAACAGCCACAUGACGCCGACAUAAUUCCAGUGCUCGCAAUCCAUCCAUCCCAAGAGGGUGAUUAUCAUACUGGACGCGGUGGCCAAGGGAAUUUUAUCCAACAAACCAAAUCAGCUGACGACGGCGCAAAGGAGAAUGAAGAAGACACGUCAAAGAGGAGGUCCGUCGUUGUGGGCCUAGCUGAUAAGUUGAAAACGUUGUUGGGGAAGAAACGAGAAUGA